AUGGCGGGGUGUAUAUACAGCAGCAGAACAGCCUCAGGCUCUGCUGCUAGGUUUUUUUUUCUGUUUUUUUGUUGUGUGUUUGUUUCUUUUUCUUUUUCUUCUUUAUUUGUAAAUGCAUAUACAAAUAAACAAAUAAAAGAGACAAAAGGAGACAGACAAAACACGGAAAAGGAGACAGCUGGCGGCAUCGAGGCCCUACAGAGCUGGCUAGCGAGAGAAGAGGAGCCUGCAGCAGCAGCAGCAGCAGCAGCAACAGCAGCAGCAGCAGCAGCAGCAGAAGCAGAAGAAGAAGAAGAAGAAGCAGAAGCACAGCAGCAGCAGCAGCAGCAGCAGCAGGAGACGAUGUCUCUGCUGCAGGAGGAGACAGAAGAAGAAGAUAACGACCCCAGCAGCAGCAGCAGCAGCAGCAGCAGCAGCAGCAGCAAGGAAGAAGAGACAGAGACAGAGACAGAAGAAGAGACAGAGGGAGAAGGAGACAGUGAGAGCUUCCUGCAGCAAGAGGAGACAGAAGAGGAGACAGAAGAGGAGACAGCAGCAGCAGCAGCAGCAGCAGCAGACGAAGACGACGAAGCUGCGUAUACACCCCAGGCUGUAUCGGAGCUGGAGACAGCAGCAGAACCAGAAGCAGCAGCAGCAGCAGCAGCAGCAGCAGCAGCAGAAGGAGAAGAAGAAGAAGAAGAGACAGAAGAGGAGACAGAAGAGGAGACAGAAAAGGAGACAGCAGAGGAGACAGCAGAAACGAACGACCCCUACAGCAACUACUCCUAUCUAGAGACAGAACAAGAAGACACAGAGACAGAUGCAGCAGCAGCAGCAGCAACAGCAGCAGCAGCAGCAGCAGCAGCAGAGGAUGAAGGAGAAGGAGCUGCGUUUAUAGAGGGAGAGACAGAAGAGGAGACAGAAGAAGAAGAGGAGACAGAAGAAGAAGAAAAGGAGACAGAUGAACUGUCUCCUUCUUUCUUACAACUCAACGCAAACAAAAGAGAGAUAAAACCCCACACAUACACCGCAGCACCAAACAGCAGCAGCAGCAGCAGCAACAGCAGCAGCAGCAGCAGCAGCAAGGAGACUGUCUCCUCUCUGUCUCCUUCCUUCUUAGAGCCAACAGACCAGACAGAAGCAGAAAACCAAAUGCUGCAAGAAGCAGGAGCAGGGGGAGAAGGAUCGAUGGGUAUAGAAGAGGAGACAGCAGCAGCAGCAGGAGAUGCAGCAGCAGAUGCUGAUGCAGCAGCAGCAACAGCAGCAACAGCAGCAGCAGCAACAGAAGAAGAAUAUACUGGGCCUGAUGAUGGUAUAGUUAAAUAUGGGGGGAGAACAAAAGACAGAGAUAUGUUUGCUGCUGCUGCUGCUCCUGCUGCUGCUGCUGCUGCUGCUGAUGCUGCUGCUGAUGCUGCUGAUGCUGCUGCAGCACAAGAAGACACAGCAGCAGCGUACGAAGACACAGAGCCAGAUGCAGCAGCAGCAGCAGCAGCAGCAGCAGCAGGAGCAGGAGCAGCAGAAGGAGAAGAGAAUAACCUAGACACACUGUAUGUGUAUUUAGGGGGAGAAGGAUCGAUGGGUAUAGAAGAGGAGACAGCAGCAGCAGCAGGAGAUACAGCAGCAGAUGCUGAUGCAGCAGCAGCAACAGCAGCAACAGCAGCAGCAGCAACAGAAGAAGAAUAUAGGAAGCAGCAGAAGCAGCAGCAGCAGCAGCAGCAGCAGCAGCAGCAGCAGACAACGAAAUACCCUUUAUAG